AUGGAUGGUUGCACAGAUGGUCACAUGGAUGGUUGCACGGAUGGUCACCAGGAUGGUCGCACGGAUGGUCGCACGGAUGGUCGCCGGGAUGGUCGCACGGAUGGUCGCAUGGAUGGUCUCACGGAUAAUCGCAUGGAUGGUCGCACGGAUAAUCGCAUGGAUGGUCGCACGGAUGGUCGCACGGAUGGUCGCACGGAUGGUCGCACGGAUGGUCACACGGAUGGUCGCACGGAUAAUCGCAUGGAUGGUCGCACGGAUAAUCGCAUGGAUGGUCGCACGGAUGGUCGCACGGAUGGUCACACGGAUGGUCGCACGGAUGGUCGCACGGAUGGUCGCACGGAUGGUUGCAUGGAUGGUCGCACGGAUGGUCGCACGGAUGGUCGCACGGAUGGUUACACGGAUGGUCGCACGGAUGGUUGCAUGGAUGGUCGCACGGAUGGUCGCACGGAUGGUUACACGGAUGGUCGCACGGAUGGUUACACGGAUGGUCGCACGGAUGGUUACACGGAUGGUCGCCGGGAUGGUCGCACGGAUGGUUGCAUGGAUGGUCGUACGGAUGGUCGCACGGAUGGUUACACGGAUGGUCGCACGGAUGGUCGCACGGAUGGUUACACGGAUGGUCGCACGGAUGGUCGCACGGAUGGUUACACGGAUGGUCGCCGGGAUGGUCGCACGGAUGGUUGCAUGGAUGGUCGCACGGAUGGUCGCACGGAUGGUUGCAUGGAUGGUCGCACGGAUGGUUGCAUGGAUAGUCACACGGAUGGUCGCACGGAUGGUUGUACAGAUGGUCGCAUGGAUGGUCGCACGGAUGGUCACAUGGAUAGUCACACGGAUGGUCGGAUAGUCACACGGAUGGUCACAUGGAUAGUCACACGGAUGGUCGGAUAG